AUGAAACAAAUUGUGUUUUACUUUUUAUUUUUUACUUCUCUCAUUAACAAAGAAAAGAAAAGAAACACUUCACAUAAGCACAAUUCAUCAUCAUCAUCAUCAUCAUCAUCAUCAUCAUCAUCAUCAUCAUCAUCAUCAUCAUCAUCAUCAUCAUCAUCAUCAUCAUCAUCAUCAUCAUCAUCAUCAUCAUCAUCAUCAUCAUCAUCAUCAUCAUCAUCAUCAUCAUCAUCAUCAUCAUCAUCAUCAUCAUCAUCAUCAUCAUCAUCAUCAUCAUCAUCAUCAUCAUCAUCAUCAUCAUCAUCAUCAUCAUCAUCAUCAUCAUCAUCAUCAUCAUCAUCAUCAUCAUCAUCAUCAUCAUCAUCAUCAUCAUCAUCAUCAUCAUCAUCAUCAUCAUCAUCAUCAUCAUCAUCAUCAUCAUCAUCAUCAUCAUCAUCAUCAUCAUCAUCAUCAUCAUCAUCAUCAUCAUCAUCAUCAUCAUCAUCAUCAUCAUCAUCAUCAUCAUCAUCAUCAUCAUCAUCAUCAUCAUCAUCAUCAUCAUCAUCAUCAUCAUCAUCAUCAUCAUCAUCAUCAUCAUCAUCAUCAUCAUCAUCAUCAUCAUCAUCAUCAUCAUCAUCAUCAUCAUCAUCAUCAUCAUCAUCAUCAUCAUCAUCAUCAUCAUCAUCAUCAUCAUCAUCAUCAUCAUCAUCAUCAUCAUCAUCAUCAUCAUCAUCAUCAUCAUCAUCAUCAUCAUCAUCAUCAUCAUCAUCAUCAUCAUCAUCAUCAUCAUCAUCAUCAUCAUCAUCAUCAUCAUCAUCAUCAGCGUGA